CCUCAUCCCUACAGUGGGAUGACGUCAAAUACAAGAUGGAUGGAAUCACGACUGUUUCAUGCUCAACGCAACUCUAAAACAAAGUCCAGUGUCGGAGCUCCGGGGCACCCAAAGCCACCGAACUAGGCCAAAAUGGAGGGCCUUGGGCACUACUGUAACCCUUCCCAUGGUAUUUCACUGCUGGGUGCCCUCAACGAGCAGCGGUUGAAGGGACAGCUCUGUGAUGUUGUGUUGUUAGUGGGUGAUCAACAGUACCAGGCCCAUAAAAGUGUCCUUGCAGCAUGCAGUGAAUACUUCCAGUCUGUGUUCUCCAGAAGGGACUCAGAGAACCGCUCCAUUGUUCAGCUUGACUUCUGUGAGCCUGAUGCAUUUGAGAUUGUGCUAAACUACAUCUACUCAUCAUCUCUGUUUGUGGAGAAAUGCAGCCUGGCAGCUAUACAGGAGUUGGGAUAUAGCCUCGGCAUUCCCUUUCUAACCAACAUCAUGUCUAUAAGACCUCAGGCGUCAUACUCUGUGUCAAGAAAACGGAUGUCGCUCUCUGAGGAGGAGGAUGGCGCUUCUCAAAAGAGAAGUGUUAUUGUACAUCAAGGUCAAGGUGAGCAGCCUGGCAUGGAUGUGUUUCAGAGGAAAAGUUUGACUCUUCAGGGAAAACUGUUUAAACAGGCCACAGAGCCACCUUCGCUCACACGUGAUUUUAGCAAUCAGAGCAAAUCCUCAGGACACGUCAGACCAAGUGAAAAAGAGACAAACAGUACCUCUUACAGCAGAAAUUCAAACAAAAACACAGACGAUGGUGAUUGCAGAUCUAUCAUCUCCUCACCAACAUCCAUUCUGAGACAUCGAGCUGAAUACCGAUCACCAUCUAUGAGGCCAAAACUAACAUCCUCAGUGUCAUUCAGUGAGUCUGUACAGCACACUAGCCUACAAUCAGAUCAAACUGAAGGUGCCAUUGAUGGAAGAAUGGAAGUGUCUCAUGAAUCCAGGCCAGUAGGUGAUCAUCAAGGUCCACACAACCAAAUCGUAGACCGAAGUGGGCCACUUAUUAAAAGUCUGCUGCGCAGAUCAUUGUCAAUGGAUAGUCCCGUUCCUGUAUUUUCUCCAGCUCUGGACCUUAAGGACUCACAAAUUCAAGAACAGUCUGUAGUCAAGUUAUUUACCACAACAGCAAGGUUGCCUUCCCCUGAACAUGAGGAUAGGGUGUCAAAAGAUAUGCCAUUUCUUCUCAGGUCAAGACAAAGAAAUGCAUACGAGACGGACGGCACUCAAACAACUCAAAUCAGGAUUAAAGCGGAGCCCAGCAGUCCCCUUGCUGACCCUUCUGAAAUCGUUCGCAUUACUGUUGGAGACAAUCUGCCAUUAAAUUUCAAAGUCUUUCAUGCAAACUAUGAUGAAAGCUCCAGAGGGUACUUCGGUCCCUUGAUGAAGAGGAAGACUAAGAUAGAUGGAAGUUAUAUGCCCUUUAAGAAAUCUAGGCCUGUUAAUGAGCAUCAUCUGUUGCAUCAGGAAAGCACAUUUGGUGAGGUACCUUACAAUUCCAACAUAGACAAUAAUAAUGAGGAACCUGGAGAACUUCGGCCAAACAAAAUGUUUAAGUGCUGGAACUGCCUGAAGGUUUUCAGGUCUAAUGCAGGUCUGUAUCGCCAUGUGAACAUGUACCACAACCCAAAGAAGCCGUAUGCUUGUGACAUCUGCCACAAACGUUUUCACACAAACUUCAAAGUCUGGACUCAUUGCCAAACCCAACACGGCGUGGUGCAAAAUCCCGCAACCUCUUCUAGUUCCUAUUCUGUCCUGGAUGAAAAGUUUCAGAGGAAGCUAAUUGAUAUUGUCAGAGAACGGGAAAUAAAGAAGGCCUUGAUUAUAAAGCUCCGGAGAUCCAGGCAAGGCUUACAGUCGCAACCCUUCGGCAGGAAAAACAGGCGAUCGAGGUCCUACGGAUGCCCCUACUGUGGUAAAAUGUUUUUCUUUCAAUCACAUUUAAAACUACAUAUGAAAGGACACUCCGCUGAGCGGGCUAACCUUGACAUGGAUGCCGAGAGAGACCUUCAAUACAAGCAGCAGCAGCAGUUGACACAUAUUAAAGAAAACCAAGAUAAGGAUGUCUUUUUUUGCCGGCUCUGCAAUGAGAAACUGCCCUCUUUGACUGAAUUAGAAGACCAUGAGAGAGCAUGUAGGUAUGCUACCGUCUGCCCAUAUUGUGGACUUCGAUUCUCCAACACAGUUGUCAAGAAAGACCAUGAAGCUCACUGCAAGUACAAAAAGCUGUCCUGUCUUGAGUGUAUGCGCACGUUUAAGUCUUCUUUCAGCAUAUGGCGUCAUCAGGUGGAAGUCCACAAGCAAAAUAUGAUGAGUGUGAAGGAGCAGUUGACUCUCGGUCUCCAGGAGAGCAAUCAUGACGAAUCAUCCAACGUUCUCGGAGUUCCUCCUUCUUCUCAGGAGUUGAUACGUGACUCCAGAGAGGAAGCAGUGUUCAGUGACUCGUCAGUUCCACCAAUGUAUGAUUCUGAAGACUCGUCGUCUUAUGUACCAGAGGACUUGAGCACUCACGGUCCAGGGGAGCUUCAAGUCAAAGAGGAACCUCUAGAGGAAGCAGUAUCAGCCAAGGAUGGCAUGAGCACCACUUCUGUUGGAUCUGAGGAACCAGGCGUUUGGCCUUGUGAGAAGUGUGGGAAGCUUUUCGGUGGCCACAAAGACCUGGAACGACAUCAGGAACUGCUUUGCCACAUCAAACCCUUCAUCUGCCACAUAUGUCACAAAGCAUUCAGGACCAACUUCCGCCUCUGGAGCCACUACCAGUCCCACAUGUCCACACCUGAGGAGCCAGGGAUGAGAGAGAUUGACAGGGUUCAGUCUUCUCCAUCUCCUUCUCCACCUCUCACAAUUUCCAUCCCAGAGCCUCCAGCUUCUCAAGAACCUCCACUCAAAGUAACCCAUUCUGGGGUGGAUGCCUCAGAAGAGGAACCCAGAGGCUCCAUGUCACCGUCAACCAAACUCAAGAAGCCACAGCAAGACAAAAAAGGUGACGGUGAGCCUAGGGAACAAUCUCACUUCAAGUCCGACAGCACAGACGAAACUAUUACCCCUCAGGAAUCUGACACGCUAUUUUACCAUGCUCCAACUCUCUCUGCACUUACCUUUAAACGGCAGUACAUGUGCAAAUUCUGUCACCGGACAUUUAAGUCCGCUUUCAGUCUGUGGAGUCACGAGCAGAGCCAUACAUAAGAGUGCAGAGUUGCACAUUUGUAGCCCUAACCAUUAAAGUUGUCUCCUUUAAACUGCCAAAUGAUUUACUUUGGGAGACACUUGCAGACAAAACCCAGGGAUUUAUUAAUAGAAUUUGAUCAUACUUAAUAUACCUAAUUUCUAUAAACAGUAUUCAAAGACUGUCAA